AUGUCUUGUACGACGAGAAAAAAGAUCCUCAUAGGCUGCACAGGUAGUGUGGCGACAAUCAAGCUUCCUACUCUAGCGGAAAAAUUCUGGGAACAAAACUUGGAAGUUAGAGUUGUCGUGACGGAGAGAGCGAAGCACUUCUUCAAAGAGUCCGACCUGCCACCUGGUACCCAAAUAUUGUCGGAUACGGUGGAAUGGGCUGCCUGGCAAGAUAGAGGCGACCCUAUACUUCACAUCGAUCUUGUCAAGUGGGCAGAUUUGUACCUGAUUGCUCCUCUGGAUGCAAACUCCCUGGGGAAACUGGCCAGCGGUAUGUGCGAUAACAUACUUACCUGUGUCGCCAGAGCUUGGGACCCUGCUAAACCGCUUCUGUUCUGUCCUGCCAUGAAUACAAAGAUGUGGGAGCAUCCUGUCACUGGUCCUCAGAUAUCCAUGCUGAAAUCGUGGGGUUACAAGGAGGUUCCAUGCAUUUCCAAGACUUUGAUGUGCGGGGAUAAUGGGCUCGGUGCAAUGGCCGAAGUUGAUACGAUAGUUCAGACGACUCUCAGAGCUCUAAAUCCCUGGCACCCUUACCCUCCGUCGGAUCAUCUAUAUCCGUAAUGAGUUACAUGAAUGAUAGAAUCAUUUAUACAUAGACAUAUUUCAAAUAUUUUACCUGUUAUUAUAUUAUGUAUGAGUAAGUCAUAGGAUUCUUUUCAACAAUUGAAGCCUCAAAUGAAUAAUGAUGAGAUAAUUCGCUUCCCAAGAGCACAGUGACGCGAAAUAUGUCUUCGUUUUUGGUUCGAGACUUACGAUGCUGCACCAUUUAUAUCAAAGUUUAAUCUCUAAUUAAUGAUUAAUGCAUUAAAGAUAGAACAGUUGUCUAAGGAAGAUAUGUGGACUAUUAUUAUUGAAUAAUUCUAUAUUAAGGAGAUUCUAUAUGCUUACGAACACCAAAUUAUACAAUUUAGGCUAGCGAGAAUAUAUAGAAAAUGAGUCGUAGAUGAAGACUAUUCGAUAUUA